UAGCCUACUUAGGUAAGACUUCAUGGCCCGAGCUCGUUGGGGUGAAGGGAGAGACUGCGGCAGCAACAAUUGAGAAGAAGAAUCCUUUCGUUACUGCUACAAUUGUGCAGCCGUCCUCCCAGAAUUUCGCUGCGAUAAUGUUAACGUUGUUGUUGACAAGAAUGGCAUAG